UCUCUCUCUGUGCAUGCACGAUUUGGGGAGGCAGGUGUUUUCCGAUCUGCACAAGUCAACUUUACUCUUUGUUUCCGACCGGAUCAAGCUCCUCGGAAUAAAUAUGGAUUGUCAGCAAGCGAGAAGGGACGCUCUGAAAGCAGGGUCAACCUCUGCCUUCUUCGUCUGCUCCGUUUUGGCAAAGAUUGCUGACUAGAGCUUGGAAUCUUUCAGGAAAGAGGCACAAUUGGGGAGAAUUCUGGACCGUAUCUGCGACGACUCUGGGUGCUCAAGUCAAGUUGGACAUACCAGCAACUCCGGGCUCGCGUCCAUUUUCAAUCACCAUUCUUGUACCAACCAGAUUUUGGUCAUUUGACUUGAUAUCUUGCUCAUUUUGUACUUUCUGUUUGACUUACUCUGUAAGUUGUCCUCAAAGAAAAUUACAACUGCCACCGCAGUUUCCACUUGUCUGCACUUCGAAUUUGGUUAAUCUUCAGGAAAUUGAAUGAGGAUGCUACUCUUUUACCUCUAAAUGAGUGGCUAGUCUUCCUGUUCCAAGGGGUCAGUUGGUUGCUGCUAGUUUUGAGGUGACCAUUAGGAGGCUACGCCUUCCAUACAAUGCAUUAGCUUGGAUUUAUUCGAUACUACCCUCAUAGUACACAAGAUUUCUCUGUACAUCCUCCCCACGGGAAAUAAAGGAAGCCACUGCAUCCGUGUUAUUGGUGUGGGAUAUUUUAUUAUUUCCUGGAGCAAUCCUCCUGCCUUUUUUUUUUUUAUUUUGCUUUCAGAGGAUACAGUUACAUGGAGAAUAGCAAGGACUGCGAAAAUGGCGCUGUGUAUGAACCUCUGCUGGACAAAGAACAGAACCACGACGUCACUUCUUUUGCCAAGGCAGGAUUUCUCAGCAAGAUGUUGUUUUGGUGGUUAACUCCGCUAAUGAAAUUGGGGAAAGAGAAGAUCCUUCAAGAUGAAGAUAUUCCACGUCUCAGGUUGGAAGAAAGAGCGGAAACAUGUUACUUGAGGUUCAUGGAGCAACUGCACAAAGAAAAGAAGAACCCAUAUGAUACCUACUCCAUCUUGUCUACGAUAUUUUACUGUGAAUGGAGAGGGAUUUUGGUUUCCGGGUUCUUUGCUUUGACCAAGGUCUUGACUCUCUCCACCGGGCCUUUGUUCCUUAGCGCCUUCAUCACGGUUGCGGAAGGUGAGGAGGCUUUCGAGUAUGAGGGUUACGUGCUAGCUGGAGGAUUGUUCUUGGCCAAAUGCUUAGAAUCUCUAUCGGAAAGGCAAUGGUUUUUUAGAGCAAGACUGAUUGGACUCCGAAUAAGAUCUUUUCUAUAUGCAGCGAUUUGUGAGAAGCAACUGCGGCUCUCGAGUGCAGCGAAAAUGACUCACUCUCCAGGCGAGAUAGUAAAUUAUGUCGCGUCAGAUGCCUAUAGGAUCGGUGAGUUCCCUUACUGGUUUCACCAAAUAUGGUCGACUAGCCUUCAGCUUUGCCUUGCAUUAGCCAUUGUUUACUAUGUCGUGGGGCUUGCAACUUUGGCGGCUCUGGCGGUACUUGCAUUGAUUGUCGCCUUGAUUUCUCCGAUGGCCAAAUUGCGACUCAAGUACCAAAGAAGACUCAUGGAGGCUCAAGAUAAAAGGCUAAAGGUGAUUGCAGAGGCGCUUGCGAAUAUGAAGGUGUUGAAGUUAUAUGCCUGGGAGAAGCACUUCAAGAAAGUUAUCGAGGAGCUGAGGAAAGACGAAUCAGAGUGGAUUGCGGCGGUUUUGUGGCAACAAGGUAGCUAUAUGGUCGUGUUUUGGUCUUUGGCGGUUUUAGUUCCUGCCAUCACUUUCUGGGCAUGCUACUUCUUGAGCAUUCCCUUGAAUGCAAGCAAUGUCUUCAUGUUCUUGGUGAGUUUAAGAAUUGUUCAGGAACCGAUCAGAUUGAUUCCCGAUGUGGUCGGGUCCUUCAUCCAGGCUAAGGUUUCAUUGUCUCGGAUCGCUGAAUUUCUAGAGGCACCUGAAUUGGAAAAUAAACCAACAAAGCAAGAGAGUGAUAAUGAGUUGCUGGAAACGGCUGUUUUCUUGGAUACACGUGAAAUUUCUUGGGACGGUGGUACCUCAAACGAGACAUUGAGGAACAUUAAUUUGUCGGUCAGAAAAGGAGAGAAAGUAGCUAUAUGUGGGGAAGUUGGGUCGGGGAAAUCUACCCUUUUAGCUGCAAUUCUUGGAGAAGUUCCAUUUAUCAAUGGCAUAGUUCGCGUUUAUGGUAGGAUGGCGUAUGUGUCUCAGACAGCGUGGAUCCAGACCGGGACUAUACAAGAAAACAUCCUAUUCGGAUCAGCCAUGGACUCUGUCAAAUAUCAAGAAGUAAUUCAGGAGUGUUCCCUAGCCAAGGACAUCAAGAUGUUUCCCUUUGGCGAUCAAACUCAAAUAGGGGAGAGAGGCGUCAAUUUGAGCGGUGGGCAGAAGCAAAGGAUACAACUUGCGCGCGCCCUGUAUCAGGACGCGGAUGUGUAUCUGUUGGAUGAUCCCUUCAGUGCCGUGGAUGCACAUACAGCGACUAGCUUAUUCGAUGAAUAUGUCAUGAAAGCUUUAUCCGGAAAGACUGUUUUGCUGGUUACGCAUCAAGUUGACUUCCUUCCAGCUUUUAACUGUAUCUUGUUAAUGUCAUCUGGGCAAAUCGUAAGCACUGGCAUAUACGAUCAGUUAAUGGCUUCUAGCCAAGAAUUUCAGGACCUUGUGAAUACGCAUCACACAACCUCUGGUUCUGGAAAUCAAAUCGGAAUCACUUCAUUGGGAAGGCCUGGAUAUUCGAAGGAAGAGAUCCAGAAUAUAUAUAUAGAGGAACAACUCGAGGCCUCUCUGGGAAGUCAAUUGAUUAAGCAGGAGGAAAAAGAGAUAGGAGACAGCGGUUUCAAGCCCUACUUACAGUAUCUGAAACACAACAAGGGCUUUUUGUUUAUCACCUUGGCAAUUAUCUCUCACAUUAUCUUUAUAGCCGGGCUGUUCGUGCAAAAUUAUUGGUUGGCUUCUGAAGUCAACAAUACGAGUGUGAGCGCCAUCGAGUUGAACUCUGUUUACACUGGCAUCGGCAUUGCCGAAGCUCUCUUUUUGCUUUUUAGAUCGUGUUUCAUAGUCUAUUUAGGUUGCAGUGCAUCAGAGUCCAUAUUCUCUGUGUUGUUGCACUCCCUUAUUCGAGCGCCGAUGUCCUUUUACGACUCGACUCCUUUGGGAAGAAUACUCAGCCGGGUGUCUUCAGAUUUAAGCAUCAUCGAUAUCGAUUUGGCCUUCAAGUUAACCAUUGCCCUUGGGUCCACUAUGAAUACCUACUCGAGCUUUUUGAUACUCGCCUUUCUUACAUGGCCGGUUUUAUUUGUCAUCAUACCCAUGAUUUAUCUGACACUGAUCACACAGAAAUACUACUACGCUUCUUCCAAUGAGUUGACGCGACUCGAUGGCACAACUAAGUCUACACUCGCGAGCCACCUUGCUGAGUCUAUCGCCGGAGUGAUGACAAUCAGAGCGUUUGGCCAAGAAGACCGAUUCUUUUCAAGAAGUCUUUGCCUUAUUGAUGCGAAUGCCAGUCCAUAUUUUCACAGCUUUUCAGCCAAUGAGUGGCUGGUCCAACGUCUGGAAGUCCUGUGCGCUAUUGUCCUAACAUCCUCGGCCCUCACAAUUACUUUUCUUGAUCUCGGGUCCUCUUCCUCGGGAUACGUUGGUAUGGUGCUGGCAUACGCUCUAUCUUUAAAUGUCCUCCUGGUCUUUUCGGUCCAAUUCCAGUGCUCGUUAUCGAAUUUGAUCGUUUCAGUAGAAAGGCUACAGCAGUACAUGCACAUUCAAAGUGAAGCUCCUGAAGUGAUCGAAGAUAGCCGACCAGCGACGGACUGGCCUUCUUCUGGCAAUGUUGAGAUUUGUAAUCUGAAGGUCAGGUAUCGGCCCGAUUCUCCCCUUGUUCUUCAUGGGAUAACCUGUAAAAUAAAAGGAGGGCACAAAAUUGGGAUCGUUGGCCGGACUGGUAGCGGAAAGACGACUCUCAUUAGUGCUUUGUUCCGUCUAGUGGAGCCUACCGAUGGGAAAAUAAUCGUUGAUGGCCUAGACAUUACCACUAUCGGACUUCAUGACCUGAGAUCACAUUUCGGGGUCAUCCCGCAAGAUCCGACACUUUUUGGCGGGACAGUUAGAUACAACCUGGACCCCUUGUCUGAGCACACCGAUCAGGAAAUAUGGGAGGUUCUAGGAAAAUGUCAGCUCCGGGAGGCCAUACAAGGCAAAGAUCAGGGUCUGGAAUCGCUAGUCGUACAGGACGGAUCUAACUGGAGCAUGGGGCAACGGCAAUUGUUUUGCCUAGGACGAGCUUUGCUGAGGCGAAGCCGGAUCCUAGUCCUGGACGAAGCCACCGCAUCUAUCGACAACGCGACCGAUUUGAUCCUUCAGAGAACCAUACGAAGGGAAUUCGCGGACUCCACUGUCUUAACCGUGGCCCACCGGAUACCAACCGUCCUGGACUGCACGAUGGUGCUAGCUUUAAGUGAUGGGAGAUUGGUAGAGUGUGAUCAUCCUAUGAAAUUGGUAGGCAAGGACGAUUCGUUGUUCGGGCAGCUUUACAAGGAGUACUGGUCUCGAACAUCGAAGGUGAGUAAUUAGUCCGAGAACUUUUGAGAUGAAGCUUGCGGAAGCCGAUACACAUCGUCGGAAUGCAUCACGUGAGGCCAAUUUCUUCAUUUAGUGCAGUUGGAAAUGCUGUAGGCAGAUGAUUUUGCUGCUACUUCACGGUCAAGAAGACCAACAAAGGCAGAUGUAUAUAAAAUUAUAAGCACCUAUUUUCAGUUUAUUGCAUUUGUCCCUAUUGAUUUGUACUUCCUAUAUUUUAAUCAUUUAUCUUCUAUAAUGUACAAAAUUUAUUGGGAAUUCUCAAUAUUAAUUC